AUGAAUGACAAUGCUAGGAUUGAGGCAUUCAUCAUAAAGUUUGGUUCCUUUGCUCCAAAGCGAUACUCUUAUGGAGAAAUAAAGAAAAUGACAAAUCAAUUUAAUGAUAAAUUAGGUCAAGGAGGUUUUGGAAGUGUAUAUAAAGGAAAGUUGCCCGAUGGUCGUCUUGUGGCAGUUAAAUCCCUAAAUGAAACGAAGAGCAAUGGAGAGGAUUUUAUGAAUGAAGUAGCUAGUAUUAGCAGAACUUCUCAUGUUAAUAUAGUGACUUUGCUUGGCUUUUGCUUUGAAAGAUCGAAGAGAGCUUUGAUUUAUGAAUUCAUGCCAAAAGGGUCGUUGGAUAAGUUCAUUUAUAGUCAAGGAACGGAUAAUCAAAGUCGUCAAUUGGAAUGGAAAACUUUGUAUGACAUUGCCCUUGGAAUCGCUAGAGGACUGGAGUACUUGCAUCAAGGUUGCAAUACAAGGAUCUUGCACUUUGACAUAAAGCCUCAUAAUGUUCUUUUAGAUGAGAACUUUUGUCCCAAGAUCUCUGAUUUUGGCUUAUCUAAAUUAUGCGAAAGAAAGAAGAGUGUUGUAUCAAUGACAGGUGCUAGAGGAACUGCUGGAUACAUUGCUCCAGAAGUGUUUUUUCGAAAUUUGGGAGGAGUUUCUCAUAAAUCUGAUGUCUAUAGUUAUGGAAUGAUGGUCCUUGAAAUGGUUGGAGGAAGAAAAAAUAUUGAUGUUGAAGUGUCUCAAACUAGUGAAAUAUAUUUUCCUUCAUGGAUUUAUAAGCAUCUUGAUCAGUCUAAGAACUUGAAUCUUAAUGAAGAAAUAACAGGAGAGGAAGAAGAAAUAACAAGGAAAUUGAUUGCAGUGAGUCUUUGGUGCAUUCAAACCAAUUCAUUAGAUCGACCGUCAAUGACUAGAGUAAUAGAAAUGUUGCAAGGGAGCCUUCAAUCAUUGGAACUUCCUCUACGACCCACCUAA